AUGACUCGCUUCUCUGGCUCUACUCUUACUCCAGCCAGUAUGGCUGAAACCCAUCACUUUACCACCUCUGAGCUGCCAAAAUCGAGCAUGAGCAUUUGGCAAACCAUUCGAAAGGGGCCCGUCCGUACCGCCUGGACCCUAACUAGCUAUAUCACCGCAGUACAUGGCGAUGCUAUUUCGUGUAUAGAUCUUUUGCAUGUGGGGGCAAUGCGCUACGUUGCCAUUGGAAGCUACGAUGGUGUAGUCUCCAUAUGGAGUGUAGUCAGCCCAACGAUGGUGCAUAGGAGGCAGAAAUUUACACUCCAGUCGGCUCCUAUGCGCACAAUUCAAGUGGCUAGGGGCGCCAUUAUUGUCUGCAACGGGGGGCAUAUGUAUCAUUUGGUGCUGGAUGAGCAGCCCCGUCUAUUGCAUGAACUAAAUCGUCCACUGAUAGCUGCAGAUCUUGCAGUACCGUCUCCCUACCUCGUAGCCAUUUCGAAAAGUAACUGCAUCAUUCUAGUGGAUAUUUCUGCGGUCUUGAAGACGUGCCCUGGGGACGAGAGCGAACAGCCUGCAGAGCUGAGCAGAAGGCAACCCAAGGAGAUACUGAUUUCAGACAUUGUAGAAUCCAGCCAGCCCAGAAUGUGUGCCACUGAUCCGGAUGGAGCCAGUGAGCAGAUUCCACAGGUUACUGAACCGACAGACUUUCGACCUACCACUCCUGCCAAUGCUAUAAGCAACGCCCUAGAGGAUUCAGAGAUAGAAACCGAAGAUGUGUGCACGCGGACGGCCUAUAUUGCUUGCGCAUGCCUUCUGACACCCACUUAUGUUGUGUUUGUUUGCUCCCAUGGAUUCUUUUACCUCUACAACUUUCUUCGGGAGGAGCUUGUGUUUAAAUUUCAACUACCUCGCAAUGCAAUCGCAACAUACAUGUCUGCUGCCUACACAGCUUCCACGACUGGGCCUUUUGUGGCAGAGAAGGUGUAUAUCUCUGCAGCAGAUGGGUCUCUGACGGUCUGGAAGCUUGCCAUCGAGAAAAAGGAGCUGCAGCCUAUCGCCAUGAGAUCAAACUACGGUAGUGCGGUAAGCUGCAUCACGCUGUCGAACCCGCAAUUUGUGGUGCUGGGUCUCUCCAACGGGAAGAUCAAAAUCUACGAAGUAGACAACAUCAGCCACAGCAUCGGUGUCUGCCGGGCCGUACCCGACGACCAGACCUACCAGACGGCUGGGAUCGCCUGCGCUCUGUGGCUGGACCAAGACACCAUAAUCGCAGGCAGCUGGGACAGGGGGGUCUUCGUCUACACCCGCCCCUGCGAGUAG